GCAGACAUUAAAACGAAAUAUUGAGCUUUAAUUAAUUUUUAUUAGAAUAGAGUUGUUUUCCAAAUAAUAAAAAUUAUACCGACAGUUUUUCCAAAUGAUUCUGGAGCGAUUGGAUAAAAAAAAAAUAUUUUUUAGAUACUUUCUGCUAAUUAUACGCUUAAGUGAUUUUAAUUAAUUGUGAUUAUUGUAUGGUUUUCCAAACUCUGAAAAGUUUUUUCCAAAUAUUUCCAAAUGAUUUCCAAACGAUUGGAUAAGAUAAUUUUCAAUAAUUUUUAAUUUGUUUGCCAACUAUACGUCGGUCAUGACUUGACAUGAGGUUAAGUAAUUUGACAUGAGGUUAAAUAAUUUAAGAUUUGCGACUUGUUCUGGGCAAGAAGAUACUGAAUCUCAGAUCUGGCUGCAGUGCAACAAGUGUAAAUACACCACGCAUCAUGAUUCCUUUAUGAUGCAUCGCAUGAAAGAUCAUAACGAGGAAAGAACAGCUGACGAACACAUCUUCGAGAGCUAGCAGGAAAGUGAAAGACAUAGUUACAACAAAGUGAAUGACUUGGAGAACAAGGAGAAUGAAACAGAUGACACUGUUGAUACGUUACAGAUAAUUCUGACAUUGUUAUCACAAGGAUGAUAAAGCGAUGGAGGUAACACUUUUGGAGCCGAUUCAGUCAGUUUUCUCUAUUACUCAAUCCACCCCACUACCACUGUUGGAUUUAUCAAAUUGUAAUCAUCUAUAUGCUUCCGCUGCAUUAGCAGAAUUCUUUCUUACGAAAGGUGUUUCCACGUUGUCCCAAGAACAAAUGUAUGUUCUGCAGCCGAUUGACACGGCUGAUAUUGAAAACUUGAGGAAGAUGAUAAGAUUGGACUUGGAUCCUGAGCAGAAAAUGGAAAUGAAGAGUGAAAGUAGAAAAUGGAUAACCUAGAAAAAGGAUGGAAGUCUAGAACUGGUAGAGAUGCCUUGGAAUGAGACAGAAGGAUUAAAUAUUGACGAUGGUGUUUGAUUAACUGUGCAAAAAUCAAAGACACUUUAGUAUUACAUUUGGUUGCUUUAACUAUUGAAAAACUCUGUGUAAUAUACAGAAAUUUAUUAUAAUUCUAAUGUUAUAAAUGAAGUAACUUUAUUCGUCAUACUUGAAUUUUCGCAUGACACUCGCAAUGAUGUUUAUUUUGCUGAUCAAAGCUGUGUCAUGUUGACAAUACAUCGAUGUCAAUUGACUCACGGUUGAAAAAAUUGCAGUUUCACUCUUUCAAUUUUAUUUAUAUUGCUAAUUGUUAUUCCUCUUAAUCGUAUGUUACUUCGUAAACAACCGUCGUUGUUUGAAUAAUGCAUACUUUCAUUAA